CAGAUUACUCCACACUCCAAAGUUUUCUCAAAGGGAAAAAAAUACGAUGAGGAGAGAAAGGUCUUCGUCCACAUGAGCUUAGUUUCAGUGAAGUGGUGUGGUUGCGAUGUCUCCAUCGAACGAACCUCCGAAACGAAUUUCUGAAAAUUGAAGCAAUUUAAAGUGCCUCAGCAACCGUGUGGUGUAUUUUCCUUUUGUUUCUCGAGAAAGUGUGUUAGAUAGAGGAAGAGAACACGAUGGAAACGAUGAACAGAGCCUUCGAGAAAGUGAAGAUCAUGGUAGGAAUGGAAGUCGAAGACGAAGAGCAGCGAGCUACUGCAUUGGACGACAGCAGCUCUUACGCAUUCAUGGACGAAUUCAACCGCAACUGCACCUUGUCCACCAAACAGAGGUUAUAUGGUUUUGCAAUAUGCUUUUCGGCUGGAUUAACUUUUACACUAUUGUCAAUGCUUGUUUUUCUCAAACCAAUCAAGUUUGCGGUAGCAUUCACUCUUGGCAAUUUGCUUUCACUUGGAAGCACAGCCUUCCUCAUUGGUCCUAAACGGCAAUUCACAAUGAUGCUUGAUCCUGUUCGUAUCUAUGCCACAGCCAUAUACAUUGCAAGUAUGAUCAUUGCUUUGUUCUGUGCUCUAUAUGUUCAUAACAAGUUGCUAACACUUCUGGCAAUUAUUUUGGAGUUUGGAGCACUGAUUUGGUAUAGCUUGAGCUACAUCCCUUUUGCUAGAUCCAUGGUUUCUAAAAUCAUGGUUUCAUGCUUCGAUACUGAGUUUUAGAUCUUACACUGAAGACACAAUAGCCUUGUCAAAUGAAUCGCAUUGAACCCCUUUCAAUAUAUUUGUUAUCCAAAGGAAAGGGAUUUUGGCUGCUGAACUGAGAGUCUGAAAUACAAUGAAUGGAUUGGUGAUUCUGAAUUGCUUGCACCUCCAUGGAGGAUUAGGUUCCACUUGAAAGUAACAAGCAAAAUCAUGUGCAUUUGUCGUGUAUUGUGUAUGGGCUAAUAUAAAGAUUUCGUUUAUCCCAACUUUGCCCUCUCCUGACUGUUUUAUCCCCAAUUUCAUGUUCGAACUUGAGGGAAAACCAUGUUUCAGUGUGCAACCUUUUAUUCGAAAGUUAAAAAGGAGAGAUGUAUUUUAGAGGCCUCAUAUACCACAAUUUUGUUCGUAAUAGCUGACGCUUGAGAAUCUUGAAUAUAUGUUUUGCAUUUUCAUGCAUGCA